AAUUUGCAGGAAAAAAAGAAUGAAGAAUAAAGGAAGAAAGGGGCCGCUGACAAACCAACCAAGCCUGAAUUUGGUAAUCAGAUGGUCGUCUUCCAGCCAUCGCCACACUAGCACUGGAAUUCCAUCGUCUCUUUCUCUUGCUGUAUACACCAACGAUGCCUUUCAGGAGGGUGAUAGAGGUUGAACCACCGAGUCCUCUUCGCUACAUAAUCGGAGCAGCGAUCAUGAUGAUCGGCGUCGUAUUACCCGUCGGAUUCAUGAUGUUCCGUAACAAGCGUGUUCCCUCCUCUUCCUCUUACUCCAAACAGACGAACAAAGUUUUGAUGUAAGAGGCAUAGAUAAUCGCUUUUCAUUUGGGUUGUGGAGGUGGUUGAAUUGUGAUCAAGAAGAAGAAAGAAGAGCCUAUAAAUAGUUCAACUUGAAUUCCUGGCAUAUGGGUUUUUUAUGGAAUUAUAGCUUCAAAUCUAUGAAUGACAAUGCUUGUGAUCAUUCUCUCUUUUCAUUUUCUUUCUGGGAGCUCUAUUGAUGUUUACUUCUUGUUUACUUGGACUCAAAUACAGUUUUUUCUUGAAAUUUCUUUGAAAGUACACUUAUGCAUUUGUGUCGUUAUUUGGAAUAGAAUUCACAAAUUAAUGUUUUGAGUGAUUGCAAUCAAAAGGGAGGUCCUUCCAAUAA